AUGGUGUACCAAAAAUCGCAGUCAUACCUGCUCACAGUUGCUCUUAUGCCUGGAGGUGGCCUUAAACUCAGGCGGCCCAUUCCAAUGUAUGGUAACUUUGUGGACUUGGUUCACUGGCAUAAUUGUAUCACUUCCUUGGCGUCCCUUGAAACCGGGCCAAGGCUCAUUAGGGCUUUAGAAUUCUGGACAUGUCUUCUCUGGACGCAUUGCUGCAAAGAGGAGUGUCUGGAAACGCCUUGCAGCAGAAUUGACACUGUUGGGUUUGCUUUGAAAGGUUGUGAGUGCAGCUUUCAAAACUUGAGCAAGUUUGAUUUCUGCAAAAAUGUGACAAGCAAGACGGAGAAGGAGCCGCGCAAGUUCCGUGUGAUUCGAGACGACUUGCUGCACCCGACGCUCGGUGGAAACAAAAUCAGAAAGCUCGACGCUGUGGUCCCGUUCCUCAAGGACGAGGAAAUCACUGAUGUGGUGACUUGUGGAGGCUGUCAUGCUGCUGCUGUAGCUCAGCUGUGGCGUGUGCUUAGCAUGGGUCAUUUGCUGCUACGAGGUGAAAAACUUGAAGUCACGACUGGAUAUAACUUGAUAUCGGAGGUUUAUGGAAACGUGGUGUAUGUUCCAAGAACCGAGUAUGCCGAUCGACAAAAAAUGUUAAGCUCGCAUAUGGAACGUGUUGCUUGUUCUGAAGAACCAGUUCUUUGGUUGAAUGGCAACUCUAUCACCAGAGAAACAAUCACUCCUUCAGAAAAUUCUAAAUUGCUUGAACCCGGAAGAGGAAGAAGAAAAUGGGCCGUGCUUGGAGAAGGUGGUGCGAGUGGUCUAGCACUUCUCGGCUUUAUAAGACUUGUGAGAUGGCUAAGCGAAAAUGAAGUCUUCGAACGACAUGACAAGAUCAAAAUCGUGGUCGAUUCUGGCACUGGAACAUCCGCCAUUGGCCUGGCUCUAGGAAUCGCGUUGCUCGGCCUUCACCAGUGGGAGAUUGUUGGUGUAAUGCUCUCCGGUUCUCGCGACUACUACGAGAGACAAACGAAGAACCUUGUCACUGAUUUUCUUCAGCAGUUUCGCUGCGAUCAGUUGGCAGAGGCUUUGAGUUUACCUCUUGUUUGGGAGGAGAGGAAACGAGUACGCAGGUUUGAAAAGAUUUUUGGAGGGGAGAUCGGUGCUUGCAAGAGUAUAGCCCGACAAACUGGCAUUUUGCUAGACCCAAUUUACACGUCUUCCCUUUUUUCGCUUGGUUUUAAGAAAACCUAG